AUGGAGGCGUCACAAGGACGACAGGAGGAGAAGGAGCGUUUCAAGGGCCACAUGGCUAGUGUUUUUGGUUCGGUGUUGGAGCAGGGCAAGGAUAUGAUUAGAGAGGCGUUGAAAGUGUCUCUACCGAGGCGUGUGUCACCCGGCGUAUCGCCAUCAACGUACUUUGGCGCAAGACAGCCUGGGAUAUGCUGGUGCAGCGGCCAAUGUUGA